GGAAAUAAACGAAGGGCGACUCGGAGGAGCUUCGUCGGGAAACAUGGCGGCCAAGGCGCUCCGCCAGCGAAGUAGACGAGGCAGCAGACAAGAUGCGAAUAACGUCAACGUCUCCACAGAGGCUCGAACGCCGAAAGAGGAGAAAGGGGGCGAUGAGAGCAAAGUCACAGAGACUCGGCAAGAGUCAAUAAGUCGCGGUGGGCAAGUAUGGGCCCCGGAAGGCUCGACUGCAUUCAAAUGUUUGCUGUCGGCACGCUUCUGCGCAGCGUUGCUAAGCAACAUCUCCGACUGCGAUGAGACCUUCAACUACUGGGAGCCUAUGCACUACCUGCUUUAUGGCACAGGGAUGCAAACGUGGGAAUACUCGCCAUUGUAUGCCAUCAGGUCCUACACUUACUUGUGGCUUCACGCUCUCCCGGCCUGUUUGCACGCCCAUGUACUGCAAACAAGCAAGGUGUUGGUGUUCUACUUUGUGCGAUGUGUCCUUGCAUUCUGCUGCUGUGCCUGUGAGCUCUAUUUCUACAAGGCCGUUUGCAAGAAAUUCGGCUUGCACGUCGGCCGCCUGAUGCUGGCUUUUCUUGUCCUGAGCACCGGAAUGUUCAGCUCAUCUGCAGCAUUCCUGCCCUCCUCCUUCUGCAUGUAUACGACACUGGUCGCCAUGACUGGUUGGUUCCAGGACUCCACGCCUUUAGCCAUUAUGGGGGUAGCUGCCGGCGCAAUCGUUGGCUGGCCCUUUUCUGCUGUAAUUGGGGUGCCAAUUGCGUUUGACCUGCUUGUGAUAAAGAGACAGUGGAAAUGUUUUAUCACCUGGACAGCUGUUGCUCUGCUGCUACUGCUGGGUCCCUUGGUGGCAGUGGACUCUUUCUUUUAUGGAAAACUGGUGGUAGCCCCUCUCAAUAUUCUACUGUAUAAUGUCUUCACACCACAUGGGCCCGAUCUGUAUGGUACGGAGCCGUGGCACUUCUACUUUCUGAACGGGGCCCUGAACUUCAACCUGGUGUUUGUUCUGGCGCUCUUUUCCCUGCCGCUCACUGCUCUCAUGGAGACGCUCCUGCACAAGUUCAAUGUGCAGAACCUAGGCCGUCCCUACUGGCUGACUCUGUCUCCCAUGUACCUGUGGAUGUUGGUUUUCUUCACCCGGCCUCACAAAGAAGAGCGCUUCCUCUUUCCCAUCUACCCUCUCAUCUGCCUCAGCGGGGCCGUGGCCCUCUCGUCUUUACAGAAAUGCUACCACUUCCUGUUCCAGCGCUACCGACUGGAGCACUACACUGUGUCCUCCAAUUGGCUGGCGCUUAGUGCGGUUGUGGUCUUUGCUGUGGUGUCACUAUCUCGUACCGUCGCCCUCUUCAGAGGCUAUCACGCCCCUCUAGACCUAUACCCAGAGUUUCUUCACAUCGCCAAGGACACGACUCUGCACACGGUCCCCGAAGGCAGACCAGUUAGCGUGUGCGUGGGCAAGGAGUGGUACCGCUUCCCGAGCAGCUUCCUUCUUCCUCACAAUUGGCAACUACACUUCAUCCAAAGCGAGUUCAAAGGUCAACUUCCUAAACCGUACGCCUCGGGUCCUCUGGCCACGCAGCUCAUACCUGCUGAUAUGAACGAUCAAAAUCUGGAGGAGCCCAGCAGAUAUGUGGACAUCCGGCACUGCCACUACCUGGUAGACCUCGACACAGAAGAAGAAACGCCACGUGAACCACGCUACGCAGCCAACAAAGAAGAGUGGAACGUCAUUGCCUAUAAGCCUUUUCUUCAGGCUUCCAGGUCCUCUCCGAUCUUCAGAGCAUUUUACAUCCCCUUCCUCUCCGACCACCACACUAGCUACAGGCGCUAUGUCAUCUUGAAGCCGAGGCGGCAAAAGCAGCCACGUACACGCAGCCACGGCUGACCUUUGAACCUCAGCUUCGCUCAGAUACAACAGGAUCCCUCCCCCUUGACUUGACACAGCUGCUGUGUGUGCGUGCUUGCGUGUUUUGAAGUAUUUGUCUUAAAGGGACACUGUGUCAUAAUUACUCCCAUCUAUUGUUGAAAUUGUGUAUUACAUCUAAACGAAUAGUGCAUUCUCACGCCUUAAUUUUCCAAACACGUAUGGCAACAACAGUAACCUUUCGAAGAUAGGAAAAUUUGUCGGAGCACAGACUAAUCCGUGACAGUUGGCCCUAACGUGCUAUCCUGCCUAUUGUAAACAACACGGUCUAACAAAACGGAAUGAAAUAGGGCUUGGAAACCGCUUUGCAUUGUGGGUUGAGGCUGCCGCAGUAGCUUACUGAGCAGGCUGUACAAUCGCUGUGUGUUUUCCAUGACUGAAAAACAUAUUAAAAUGCAAGAAACAGAUUGGGAUUUUACAAAGAAAAACUAGACCAUGAAGCCACAGACCAGUUUAAAUGGUUUGGAACUGUACAAAAUCCUAAAUACAGAAUGGAGCAGCGACCGGCCGGACCUAGUGCCUCCGUUGUGUGCGUGUGUGGUGUGCCUACACUUCGGAGCAGUUUAAAAAUUCCAAAUCAUUAGCAUCUCAUGUUACCAACUGGUGGAUGCAGGACCUUAACACGAUGAAGCCCACUAGCGAGCAAUGGGAACACAUCAUUUGGACGAAGGUACGCGGCGCUAAGUUGCAUGUGUGUUUGCUUUUUAAUCAUACCUGUCUCCAUUGCAUAUCUGUGGUCCUGCAGUAUGCUGCUGCAGUCGUGCAGAUUUGCAGGUGUGUGGUAAUAAGAUGAUCUUCUCGUCCAGUGUCUCAAUCUUUGCCCUGAAUUGCCGCAUAAUGAAUUUCCGCGUUGGUAGUGCUUGUCCUCUUACGGCGGCCGUAGUUUCAACAUGGCAGACUGUCAUGGUGCUCCCCAACUGGGUCACCACGCUUGUGUAUAAAUAAAUCACAAAUUAUUUGCUUACGAGAAUGUCUCAAAUUACUAGCCGAAGCCACAAUACACCAGUGAUAACACAUUUGUAAACGCAGACAUCAGUUUUGGCCGGUAAACAACUGAAAAUGUUACACAGUGUACCUUUUAAUAUACGGACCCUUUAAGGACCUUGCGUCUGUGCGUGGGCCUACGAGUGUGUGCAUGUAUGUGUGUACUCUUAAGGGGUGUUUACUGGCAGGAAUCGUGUUUUUGUGUCAUCUGUCUAAGAUGUUAUUUCAAUGUCUUGGAAGCGGUUCAUAGCUGUUUUUCCUCUUCAUACUGGACAUCAAUGCGUGACCGAAUGAAAGAAAUGUCCUCACUGAAUCAUGUCAUAAAAACUUUUUACUUAAUGUGCUUGGUGUGAAUGUAGAGAAUGAAUGGGAAGGGUUAAUUUCAUUGUAAAGUGUAAUAAAAGAACAAUGUGACCAAACACAGUCAUUCUGUUUUUAAAUAAAAUAAUGGC